GAAGGCAACAGUACUUAAAGCCACCCUUCACUCUUUUAAGAACACUUUCAUCACUUUCCUCUUUUACAUUUUCCCACGAACACUUCGAUUGAUUAACACACUAGAACAUACCUGCCCCCUAAUAUUCUUAUGGCACGACCACAACAACGGUUCCGAGGCGUAAGACAGAGACAUUGGGGCUCUUGGGUCUCCGAGAUUCGCCACCCUCUCUUGAAAACAAGAAUCUGGCUCGGGACUUUUGAGACGGCGGAGGAUGCUGCAAGGGCCUACGACGAGGCCGCGAGGCUAAUGUGUGGCCCUAGAGCUCGUACCAAUUUUCCUUACAACCCAAACGCCGUUCCUUCUUCCUCUUCCAAGCUCCUCUCCGCCACUCUCACCGCUAAGCUCCACAAAUGCUACAUGGCUUCUCUUCAGCUGACCAAACAGACGCAAACUCAGUCUCAGGCGCAAGCUCAGAACGCGAGACUUCGGUCGUUAUCCUUACCGGACACGGACAGUGUCAUGAACAUGACGGCGGGUGGAAAUCAUUAUAACAGGGGAGGAGGAGUAACGGAGACGAUGAAGGAGAUCAAAUGGGAAGAUGGAAACGCAAAUCUACAACAAAACUUCAGGACAUUGGAGGAAGAUCACAUCGAGCAAAUGAUAGAGGAGCUGCUUCAUUACGGUUCCAUUGAGCUUUGCUCUGUUUUACCUACUCAGUCGAUGUGAGAAACGGUCCUGUCGUUUUAGCAGUAAUUCUUUUUUUAUUAUUUUAAGUUUAAUCUUAUUUUUCUUUAAACAUGACGGCGUCGUGGAGUAGUAGAAGAACAAGGCUAAUUUCAAGACACUUUGAUCUGAAUUGGCCUCUUUGAAAUACUCAUUCUAAGAGCAAUCGAUCAUAUGUUAAUGUAUAUUGUUUUUCUUAUAUGACAAACGUUAUCAAUA